ACAGCUCAACACUUAUCCAACUUUAUAAAUACCGUUUCACUCUCCAUACUCUCAUCGCUCAAAUUUCUCAACAACUCUCCUUCUUUUUCUCUUCUCUUCUUUCUUCUUCACCACCACAUUGCAUGUGGAUACAUUCAAACAUUACUUAGUUUCACUUUCUCAGCAACACUAGUUAGUAAAUCAUGGCCGGUGGAGGUUUCGCCACCAGUUCUGGAGGCUCCGAUUUUGAGGCAAAGAUUACUCCGAUGGUCAUCAUUUCAUGUAUCAUGGCUGCCACCGGUGGUCUCAUGUUCGGUUACGACGUCGGAGUUUCAGGUGGUGUGACAUCUAUGCCACCAUUCCUGAAGAAGUUUUUUCCAGCUGUAUACAGAAAGACAGUGCUAGAGAAAGGGUUAGAUAGUAAUUACUGCAAAUAUGAUAAUCAAGGAUUGCAGUUAUUUACAUCGUCCUUGUAUCUAGCUGGUUUAACUGCCACUUUCUUUGCGUCUUAUACUACUCGCAAGUUGGGGAGAAGACUCACCAUGUUGAUUGCUGGCAUUUUCUUCAUUGCUGGAGUUGCUUUUAAUGCUGCUGCUCAAAACCUUGCUAUGCUCAUUAUUGGCAGAAUCUUACUUGGUUGUGGUGUUGGUUUUGCUAAUCAGGCUGUGCCAGUGUUUCUUUCUGAAAUUGCACCUCCAAGAAUACGUGGAGCAUUGAAUAUAUUGUUCCAGCUGAAUAUCACUAUUGGCAUUUUGUUCGCUAACCUUGUCAAUUAUGGCACCAACAAAAUCGAAGGUGGAUGGGGUUGGAGACUAUCUCUCGGUUUGGCAGGUAUCCCAGCACUUCUCCUAACAGUAGGUGCUCUUUUGGUCGUAGAUACCCCCAAUAGUCUCAUUGAACGUGGUAAACUGGAACAAGGAAAAGUUGUUCUCAGAAAGAUUCGUGGCACUGAUAACAUUGAACCUGAAUUCUUGGAGCUUGUUGAGGCUAGUCGUAUAGCUAAAGAGGUUAAACACCCUUUUAGAAACCUUCUCAAACGCAAGAACCGUCCCCAACUUGUCAUUUCCAUUGCCUUGCAAAUAUUCCAACAAUUCACUGGUAUCAACGCUAUCAUGUUUUAUGCACCGGUGUUAUUCAAUACAUUGGGAUUUAAGAAUGAUGCUUCCCUCUACUCUGCUGUGAUAACUGGUGCUGUUAAUGUACUCUCAACGAUGGUGUCUAUCUACUCAGUUGACAAAGUUGGACGUAGAAAGUUGUUGUUAGAAGCUGGGGUACAAAUGUUCUUAGCUCAAGUGGUGAUAGCAAUCAUUCUAGGAAUCAAAGUGACCGAUCAUUCCGAUGAUCUUUCAAAAGGUUAUGCAAUUUUCGUGGUUAUCAUGGUGUGUACAUUUGUCUCUUCAUUUGCUUGGUCUUGGGGUCCUCUUGGUUGGCUUAUUCCAAGUGAGACAUUUCCAUUGGAGACACGUUCAGCUGGACAAAGUGUCACAGUUUGUGUCAACUUGUUAUUCACCUUUGUCAUUGCACAAGCUUUUCUCUCUAUGUUGUGUCAUUUCAAGUAUGGCAUAUUCUUGUUCUUCUCUGGUUGGGUCUUGAUCAUGUCAUUCUUUGUGUUUUUCCUCGUGCCGGAGACAAAGAACAUCCCAAUUGAAGAGAUGACAGAGAGAGUAUGGAAACAACAUUGGUAUUGGAAGAGGUUUAUUGAAGAUGAUGAUUAUGCUGGCCAAGAGAAAGUAGCCAGUGUUGAUUAUCCAAAGAAAAAUUACGAUCCAGCUUCACAGUUGUAAAUUGUUGGAAUUCUGGCAAAUAACAAAAGAGUAUUUUAGCGAUCUCUAGAGAACAUAUAUAUAUAAGUUAUUUUAAUAUCCUUUUUAUUGGUGGCUUGUGCCUGUAAACAUUGUAGUCACAAAUUAACUAUCAUGUUUUGCAAGAAGUAAAAGCUAUACACGAAUUAUAUGGAUUAUUUGCUAAUUAAA